AUGCGAGAGGCGAAAAUCUCAUGGCUGGUAAAGGAGAAUAGGAAAAUUUUAUAUCCGGGGCCGGAGGAACACUUCUCACAUUUUGGGGAAUCUGAUGAUUUCAACUCAUCCAAUCGGUGUUGCUACGAGUACGGACGAUGCGAUGCGAGGAAGUUUGGGAAAAGUGGAAAAAGGGAAAAGUUGGGGGAUUCUGGAAUAGUGGGGGAUUCGUCGUGGGAUUACUACGGUCUGGAGAUUGAAAAGUGGAUCCGACAAGAUUUCGCGCUCAUACAAAUUCAAUUAACUUCUUCACAAUCCUAUAAUAUCAACAUCCUAAUCCUACAUCCCACGGUUAUCCCAGCGCUGAGUAUUGCUACCACCAUUAUAUCCUCACCUCACUCGGCGUUUAACAACAAAGCCAAGCACUAUGCAAUCCCAGCGGGUCGACAUGCCAAGAAACACAACACGUUUUUGCGGUGGUACAGCCGACAAACGGGUGGACGGCGGACAGCCCAAUGGGUUUUGUUGGAAGGGAAGUUUUGA